GCUCUCAGUCGCGCGCAGGGCGGGUGAGGGGAGCGGAGCGGCGUCGCCGUCCCGGCUGUGGCAGCGGCGGGCGAGGCGGGGCAGGGCAGGGGCUGCAGCAGCGAGAGCAAUGGCGCUGUCCGUGCCGGUCAACGGGCUGAAGGAAAGCGACAAGGAGCCCGUCAUCGAGCUCUUCGUCAAGGCUGGCAGUGAUGGUGAGAGCAUAGGAAACUGUCCCUUCUCCCAGAGGCUCUUCAUGAUCCUGUGGCUGAAGGGGGUCGUGUUCAGCGUCACAACAGUGGACCUGAAGAGGAAACCAGCAGACCUCCAGAACCUGGCCCCAGGCACUCACCCACCCUUCAUCACAUACAACGGGGAAGUGAGAACAGACGUGAACAAGAUUGAAGAGUUCCUGGAAGAUGUGCUGGCCCCACCCAAGUACCUGAAGCUCUCACCAAAGCAUCCCGAAUCCAACACUGCUGGAAUGGAUAUAUUUGCCAAAUUUUCUGCAUUUAUCAAGAACUCCAGGCCUGAAGCUAAUGAAGCCUUAGAACGUGGCCUCUUGAAGACCCUGCAGAAGCUGGAUGAGUACCUGAACUCCCCUCUGCCCGACGAGAUCGAUGAGAACAGCCUGGAGGAUGUCACCGUGUCCACACGCAAGUUCCUGGACGGCAACGAGAUGACCUUGGCCGACUGCAACCUGCUGCCCAAGCUGCACAUUGUCAAGGUGGUGGCCAAAAAAUACCGCAACUUCGAGAUCCCCAAGGAGAUGACAGGGAUCUGGAGAUACCUGACAAAUGCUUACAGCAGGGAUGAGUUCACCAACACCUGUCCUGGGGACAAGGAGAUUGAAAUAGCUUACAGUGACGUAGCCAAGAGACUCAGCAAGUAAUCAGCCCUGCAGAGGACGGCGCCCUGCAUACCCCUAACAAGGCUUCUAACAGACUGCUCUUUUCAUAUCCAUAGCAAUUGUUCUGUGCAUGAACUCGCAGCUCCUCCAAGCCACGUGGAUAGACCAGGUACAGUCAUUACCUAAAGUUUGCAGGGUUAAUUACAGGCUUGUUUUCCCUCACCUCCUCUCACAGCCUUUGAGAGAGAUCGAUGCAGUCCUGGGGGGACUCUGGAAUUCUUCAGUGUGAAGGGUUGUCUUGCCCCUGCUGCUUUUCUCUGUAAACGUUUGGUCCAUGAUUUGUCCAGGAAUUGGUUUAGGAUCCUGUCUCACUGUAUGGUACAAGGAAUAUUUAUGUAUUUUGGAAUUUAUUGCUUUUCCAGAAGGUCUGAGCACACCUGUCAUACCUGUGACACACUGAACUGUACCUGCUUGUCUAUCCUAUUUACAUAGAGAAGGGAACUUAGUAGCCAAAAGAGCCAUUUGCAAAAUAUUUGGCAAUGUUUUGGUUUGUUUUGUUGUAUUUUUUUUUAAAUCUGUUGCAUUUGAAGUCACGUUAAUGGUUGAGAAUGGACUCAGUGUGAACCUUGGAUUUGAAUGACCUCAGCAUCAGGGAAGUUUGAAUCCAGGCUUGAGAGCUGGGGCAGGAAGCUCAAAGCUCAGAGUUGAUGUUUAUUGUGUCUUCAAGAGCUUGAGGACAUUAAAAAACCUGCUUUGUCUGAAUUUUGAGCUGCAGCAAACAAACAAUUGUCAGGAUUUACCAUCAGGAAACAGCAGAGCUGGAAGCUGCCCUCUGUUCACCUUAAGAAUUGCAAGUGGCUUUCUUUUUGGUAGUUAAGAGCCUUUUUGUUUUGUAUAGGUCUUUUUUGGUGAUUUUUACUUAAGAAUCUGUUCUGUCAUAGCCCAAAUCCAUGGAAACUGUAGUGUCCUAACUCUGGGUGGGGAAUAGCAGUGCAAUGAUUAGUGAUGCAAAAUGGACUGAGAGCCAUGAAAUGGGAACUUUUUAAUGCCCUUUCUUCCCUGAAGAAAGCUAAAGUGACCUUUAAAGAGAACAUUUGCCUUAAAUGAUAGUAGGAUUUGUUUUCCUGGAAGGAAAUCUGGGAAUUUUGUGAAGAAAUGGUGGUGGAAUCCAGUCCUUUCCAUGGAAUUUAUCCCAGUUGUUUCUGUGCACCUGGACUGCAGUUUUGCAUACUCAUAAUCAUUGCACUACUAUACUUAAAUCUUUUUACAGCAACACUGAGGAAUAGCACUACAAUUUUUUUAAAAGCAAUUUUCAAAUGUUUCUAAACCAGGGAAUAGUUUUCUUGUUUAAAAUUAAUGGUUUUGAUGCACGAAAUAAACUGCUAGGUUAUUUUUAAAAGACCAUCAUAAACAACUCCAAAGAAUUCUAGACUUAUAUGCCUAUUUUUUUGUAAAGAUACUUUUAUAUUUAACUGAUUUUAGAAGCUGGGAAGUGCUAUUCCUGCUAGGUUGUUCUUGGAAUAUUUAACAUUCUGCAAUAACGUGGAAAUGCUCACAUAAACACUUUUAUACACUAAUUUUUUUUUUUUUUUUUUUUUUUUGGUAAGCACUGGCUUUCUGAAAACCAGCCUGACUUUUGUAAGCAUCCUGCUUCUGCUACUUUAUUUACCCACGGAGUUAGUUCAACAUAGAAGAGGCAGAGAACCAGAUCCAUGUUUGUAAACCUGGCUUGUGGUGCCUUGCCUUGCCUUCCUAGAGCUACAAUUCCAGUAUAAAGGCACUUAGCAAUCCUGUCACAGCUCUUGCAAAGGCAACUCUUAGAUACACUUAAUCCCUGUUCUGAUUUGUUACAGGAAUGUUUAGGCACCGAGGGGAGAUCCUGGGGAGUGACCUGCUUAGGAGAACUUCAACCCUAGCCCUUCAAUAAUUAUUCUAAUGUCACGUUCCCCUCCUAAAUAAAGUUCCUCAGCCAUAAGAAUCCUCUGUAGGGCUUCAGUCUCUGCUACAGCGUGACAUCUAGGAAAAGGAAUCACUUUUUUUAUUUAGAUAACAGCAUUUUUAAUGACACGUAGCGUGAAAAGCCCCAAACCCAACCCUCCUUGCUUUGGUGCUCUUUGCCAUCGCAGAGCAAAUCUUGUGGGCAUAUCUUUGUUAAGUUUUUUGCUCUCCUUUCAGAGCUGGAUCAGGAUGGCCCUUGGAGGUUGUGUGGAUGGGGCUGGAGGAGCCAGGCUGUGCUCCCUUCCCCAGGGAAUCAUCCCUGCAGUGCAGAGCACAGGGCACCCACAGCCAGGAGUUCUCCUAAAACACCAACUCCAGCUUCUCCUGGAGAUAAUCCAUCCCCUCUGCUGUUCAGGCAGCCUUCAAACCAUUCUCCUUCUCCCUCAGUGUUUAAUUGUGUCUGAGAGCUUGUAAACAGCGCUCAGGCUCUGCCUGUGACCAGCGGGUUCCUUAUCUCGGAGCCUUUCCCUCGGAGCUGGAAUCCAACCAGCCCCAGCCUGGCCUGGCAGCUCCCUGGUGUCUCUCGGGCUUCCUGCUGCAGUUUUGUUGUGGCAGGAGCUGCCCAGCCCCUCGUGGCUCGGGGAGGAGCAGGAAUCUGGUGGAGAGCAGCAGCUCCGUAGGUGAUCCCUGCAGAGCAGCGGGGAAAGGCAGCGUCUGGUGUGGGCAGAGCACUUUCAUCUGGCCCCAAUCACCAGCUCCACACUAAUUAAAAAAGCCCUUUCAUAACUAUGUAAAUUCCUGACUUCUGUCAACUUGUUUACAAUCUGAUCUUUAAAUGCAUUUUUAAUUUCAUCAAACAGCAAUUAAUCUACUCCCUGUUUAAAUUUAAAAUGCUGCUUCUAGCCCCUUCUCCAAUUUAAAAACAGCAGUUGCCCUUUCAAGUAGGCAUUCCAGUUUGCAAGUUGGUUGCAUGUAUUAGCAUGCUGAGUAACUUACUUUAUUCUUAAGCUGAAAUAUGCUUAAAUUCGCAUUAAAACAGGUGACUUGUGUAUUUCCUGAACACAAAGGGAAAACCCAUCACCUGCACCCUGUUUUUGUGUGGGAGAACAGAUUAUCCUCGGUGCAUUAUUAUUUUAUUUUUAUUUUUUUCCCCUUCACUAAGCUUUCCUUCUUGAAGAGCUCCCUGCUGUGGAAGGGUGAACAAGAGGCGUGUGGGACUCGAGGAACAAUUCCAUCCCCUCCCAGCUUCCCUGUCCAUCUCUUCCCUGCCCCACACGGGCAGUCCCAGCUUGUAGCUUGGAGUUUUCCCAUAAAAUCCGUGUUUUCUCCUCACUGGGCAUGUCCAAACUGAUCGAGAGCUGCGUGCAGCCCCGUGAUAAGGAGAGAGAUGUAAUCAAAUUUUUAUGCUAAAGCAGCAAAUUAGCAUUUGGUAUCAAAGGAGCACAGACAGGAGUAAAUGGGAGCCAAACCCACCGAUGCCUAUCUGGGCGCAGAACAAAAAGUGGUGAAGUGCAGCCAACUCUGCUGCUCCCUUUGCCACUCAGAACCAUCUGAACACAGAAUAUUUUGCAGGAGAAGGCUGUAACCCGAGUGAGAAAUGCUCCAUCUGCCUCAGAACUGUGCCACCCACUCUGGUAUUUUGUUUCUGGAGGGGGUGGGAGCAGGAUGAGGGAUGGAGACUCCCGAGACAGGACACCAAGGAUUGGAGCGUGGUUUGCAGAAAUACUUGAAGAGUUGAUACAAUUUGUUGUAGUUUGCUUAUGUCUUUCACUUUCUGGAACAUCUUUUACAGAUAUACCAGUAUACUGCUGGCAGCUAUUGUUAAAUAAAAUUAUAUUUUCACUACCAA